AUGACCACAUUCAUCUUAAUGAUCAUUCCGGUGUUGUUCUUGAUAUUUUUAUCACCCACACAAUCAGCUAUCUAUAACUUUACUCAUUUUGAAAGUGAAAAUCCAUUAUUAUCCCCAACAGAACCAAGGGUGAACAAAAUGGUAAACUAUGCUGAUGGCACCGUUGUUUUACGAACAUUUCGAAGAAAUGAUACGGCAACACAAUUAUCAAAAGAAAAAUAUCUCAACCUUGGUUCAAACUUUGUAUGUUCAGAUCCACUUUUAUCAUUACGUACAAUUUAUCCAAAUGGAAGUUUAUCAGAAAUAAACGUUGAUUUAGGUUUAAUAGAAAUGAAUUACUGUAUAUUUCCAUUUGAAGAAUUAGGAACGUUACAAAUUCCGAUCCAGUUUUUCGCCUUAACAGAUGGAUAUUUAUUAGUAACAUAUUCAAAUGCAACGGAUGAAACUGUGCAAGAAACUUAUGAAGAAUGGGCAAUGAUUAUGGAUCUUACAGGAAAAGUUUAUAGUAACACUUAUCUUUCAUUGGCGUAUAUUCAUCCUGAUACAGGCGUUUGGAGACCAAAUUACGCUUUUUUGAAAGUUAAUAUAAAUCCUUCUAAAGGAUUUCUUCGUUAUGCUCCACAAAGAUAUUCAACUAACCUUACGUGGCAACAAUUUCAAUUGGAUGAAUCGGGAAUAUUAACAAAAAUAUCCCAAGACUUUAUCCCAAUCAGUUUUGCCUCCGCUCAGAUCGAUGCUUUAUCAACUAUUGAUGAGGGUUAUGCCAUAAUAUAUGCCAAUACAUCUGAUUCUGUUACGACAACAAAUGAUCCAUUUAAAGCAUAUGGAGAGAUGUAUGCCGUAUUUUUAUCUUAUGGACAAACGAAUUCGCCGCAUUCUGUUGUACUAUAUCAAACGCAAUUAAGAUCCCUAAUUUUUACUGCAUUAAGUUGUGACAUUGCAUUUGUUGGCGUUGGUCAUAUAUGUUUACUCACCGUAAAUAUUACUGCAGUAGGAGAAAGAUAUUACGUUAGAAUCAAUUUUUUAUCUUCGGGUACGGUAACUGGAUUUGAUACGAUUAAUAAUAUCACUCCUCAAGAUGUAAUCAUUCAAGAGUGGCACAUUACACUUUUGCCUUAUGGUGGUUAUCUUAUGAGGGGUUUCACGAAACAAGGUAGCUCUACCUUUUUAUACGGAUAUUUAUAUGAUGAGUAUGGCAACGUUUACGUUUGGGAUUUACCCGAGGAACCUGUUCAAACAAAUUCAUUCGGGGUUUCCACUAUUUUAAAGAACAACACUUUCGUUUAUGCUGAAAAAGAAAACAUUGGUGUUUGGUCUUUAAGGUGCGUUGACCUCAGUAAAUUCGAAUCCGAUCGUGAUCACGGAUACGAAAAUUUCAAAGUCGAUUCAACGGUUCCACAAAUAUCCGACACGAUCAAACCAACUCAAAACCUUGUUCAAAUCAAUUUCUUUGAUCCUAUCACAUUAUCGUCGGGAAAUAUUACAAUAUAUAAAUUGGAAGAAUCUGGUAAAAGGUUAUUAAGACAAAGAACAGUUGGACUUAAUGAAGAUUUUGUUUCACUUGAUGAUGAUUAUAGUGUAAAGAUAAAUGUCAUUGAAUCUACGUUCAAUCGUCCCGGUAAUUAUACUAUUGAAGUGGAUAAUAAUUUUGUUAAAAGUAAAGAUUUUAACGAACCAUUAAAUGGAGUGAGACACGAUAAUUUCUAUGCUCAAAACCAAAAUGAUGAUGAUGAUAAUUUUGGUGUUACUGAUGCCAGUAAAAACGCGAAGUCUCACCCUUUGCAAUUUAAACACGAACAUCACCAUGAUCGUGGAAGUAAGUCAUUAGAUGGAAAAGUUGCACCGGAACCUGUAAUAGCUUCUCAACAAGAAAAUAAGAAUAAUGAAAAAAUGCUUAAACAAACGAAAUCUAAGAGUAGUUUUAAAGAAAUGAUUCAAUAG